CCUUGGCGCCAUGCUCAGGAUCGACAAUGGUGGCCGGGAACGUUACGCUCGGUCGGUCCGCGAGGUUGAACAGCGAUGUAUCUCCGGCAUAGUCGUUAAGUCGUGCGGUGCAGAGACCCAUGGCGUGCAAAAAGCGAUAAGCGCAUUGAUCGGACGGCCCGUGCCCGUCCGGCUGGCAGUCGCCUGCCAGUAGUGCAGGAAGCCCUUGUGCCAUGCCAAAUUUUGCGAUUCGCUUGCCAGCUUCCGUACGUGCUCAGGUGCUUCUAUGGCUCUGGACCAGUCAUCACUACGCUGUACAUGCUGUGGAAGGGAGACAGAGGGUGUGUUUGAGCGUUAUCGCUUUGGCAUGUACCACCUUCAUUGCGACUCGGGCUCUCCGCCGUUGGGUACCCAGGUUGCGGUAUCUCGCCAUCAUCCGCGCUCCAUAUGACCAUGAUAAUCUUUCCAACGUACAAGCUGCAAGGUGCAAAGACGAUGUCAUGGUGGUUGGCAUUCUGGAACUUCUCCGUCGCCUCGCUCAAGCCGCGCACGAUAGAUUGAUCGAUGGGGGUGGGUCACGUCGUCAUCCUAAAUGAUACCGAAGCACAGUUUGAUCUAUCCCUUAAUGCGCCUCAGCCACAGCAUCUACCUUCAUACAGUGCG